AUGGUUCAAGUUAUCAAGACAGGAAGAACGUGUUUUGUGAAAGAGCUGCUCCGGCACGGACUACCUAUACUACCAGUAUAUGUCUAUGAAGCUACCAAGGCGCAUGCGAAGGGAAUCUUGGGAAGCUUCCUAGAAAAUGGAUGGGAUAUCAACCAGCCCAUGGGCCCAAUGCAUCCUCCGAUUCUCAGUAAUGCCCUCGACAAUCUCGAAAUGACAACUUGGCUUCUUGAACAUGGGGCCGACCCAAAUCGUCGAUGUGACAUCGAUUUCACGCCGCUCUCUCACGCAGUCGAACACGCCUCUUUGCCAAUCGUCAAUCUUCUGCUAAGUCGUGGUGGCGACGUCACAAAAGGGCAGGUUUUACACCAUGCAGUCGCUCGCGAGUCCGAUACGGUAGCUGUCCUGAAGCUCCUCAUUGCUCGGGGCGCUCCAAUCAACGCCAUCAUGUAUCGAGAUCACCAGCCUUCCUGGAAUAUGAACUUUUUUAUGGGAGAAACUCCUCUCCACAAGGCAGUAUUCCUCCGCAAGAUCGAUGUCAUUCAUUAUCUUCUUAGCCAAGGAGCAGACUUGAAUGUCAGGGAUGUCAGGAACCGAACAGUAACACAAUGUGCGGAUGAAUAUCUUCAAAGGGAGAUCACAAAAAACCCACGAUACUACUAA